AUGUAUCAGGUAGUGAGGGUUUUACUGUACCGACUUUUGAUUGUAUCCACUAUAACACUAUUUUCUAGUAUUUUACUAUUUUGGUUUCAUGGGUUCUUAACAGCAUUUGGUAUAUUCACCUUAGGCAUAUCAGGCAUUCUUUACUGCGCUCAAGAUUUGCUGCUUUACUAUCCCAAUGAUCCACCUGACUCAAGAGUUUUUGUUCUUCAGCCAAGUAAUUACAAGUUGCCAUAUGAAAGUAUAAAAAUUAACAAUAAAGAUGGAUUAAAAAUACACAUGUUUCUUGUAAAGCAGCCAUUCAAUAGCAAAUAUAUACCUACAAUGAUAUUUUUCCACGGUAAUGCUGGAAAUAUGGGGCAAAGGUUGUCUAAUGUAUCUGGAUUCUAUCACAAGUUAAAUGUCAAUGUACUUAUGGUUGAGUACAGAGGCUAUGGAUUAUCAGAAGGAACGCCGUCCGAACGGGGCCUAUAUAUUGAUGCCCAAUGUGCUAUUGAUUACAUCUUGGAAAGAACUGAUGUUGAUACUAGUAGGAUUAUUUUGUUUGGAAGAUCAUUAGGUGGAGCAGUGGCAAUUGAUCUGGCAUCUCGUUUGGAAUACAGGAACAAAAUUUGGGCAUUAGUGGUGGAAAAUACUUUCACUAGUAUACCAGACAUGGCACAGAUCAUUUUAAAAUGGAGAUGCCUAAAUUGGCUACCACAAUUCUGCCACAAAAAUAAGUACAUGUCUUUGAAUAAAAUUGCACAUGUCAUUUCACCUACACUCGUGAUAUGCGGAUCAAAUGACGCUUUAGUGCCUCCAUCCAUGGCCAGAGAGCUGUAUAUGCGCUGUGGAUCUAUCUGCAAGCAAAUGGUGGUCAUACCAGGUGGAGGACAUGAUGACACCUGGACGUGUAGGGAAUACUAUCCUUCAAUGCAACAAUUUUUAGUUAACGUUCCAGCACUACCAAGUGAGAUUGGACCAUUUUUUGAAAAAAAUAAUGAGUCUGCUCGACUUGGCGUUGUACUCACUGUUUAAUGAUUCGAUUAAUAAAUAUUUACGUACUUAUUGCAGAGUAAAUUUAGAUCCAUAUUUUAUAGUUCUAGAUAAAUGUUUAGCACAAUAACUUUGGAAUGUUAUAGUACAAAAUUUGUCAUUGUGUGUUUUAAUCUCGUUGGUGUUAGUUACAUCGUGAUAAUAGAUCCCCUAAGUAGUACUUAGUAUGUUGUUUCGAUGUGACAAAUUUAUGAAAUUUAAAUUGCAUAAUAGUAAAAAAUUAAUAUAAAUAUGCGAGAACUGAUUUAAUUGUCGCCAGUAUUAAUAGUUUAAUGUUGAAACUGCCUUAUGAGUGAAAUGAAUGGAGUGAAAAAAUAUUCGUUAAUUAAUUAAUGCAAUCGAUCUUACAUAGGUUAUAUUAAAAUUAAGUGUUUGAAAGAUUGAUUUGUUAUAACUAUAAUUUCUUAACUGUCUUAAAAUAGUAAAAUGGAUUAAGUUUAAUUAAAAAAAAAAUAUGUGGUAAGAUUACAAAAACUAUCCUUGUACCUAUCUUUACAAAUCUGGUUGUAGGUUGACAAAUUAGAGGGUGAUAAAAAAGUAUAAAAUAAAUAAAUAUAAUAUCAUAAAGUUCAUGAUGUUCACACCAAUAAAGGGUUGGUGUGCGAGAGGCAUGGUGAAGUGUUCUCAGUACACACACCCACUCCGCUGUAUAUUUAAUUAAGUAUUAUUUAAUUAAUGGCAGUAAUCUCCUCUUUUGCUUAAGGUAUUUGAAAUGGAUUGUCACGAAAAAUCUUGUUCUGUUUUAUAAUUUCAGAAAUUUGUUUAAGACUAAAAUCAAAUCGAAUGUGAGAAAUUAGAUUUGUAGUUUUAUUAAAAUUUAAACUUAAAUAUUAAUUUAUGUUCGAUAAGUAUUUCUAGUUAACUGUAGCAAUUUCAAAUAGAAUUUUUCAAAAAAGAUGUAUUUUUUUAAUAAAUUAUUGAUAUUUACAUAAGUAAUACAUAUUAUAUCAUGUAUAUCAGUAAAUAGCCAUAUUAAUCCGUCUUCGAAAUAUCAAUUGAAUAAAAAUGAUCGUAGUUGUUAACAGAGUAAAAUAUUUUAAACGAGUAUUUCUGAGAUUAAUUCGGUUGAAAGUCUCCAAUUAUAGUUGGUAUUGGGUUUUGUUAAUAUAGUUCUUUGGUAAGUAGUAUAUUUCUAUGGGAACAGUAGGUAGUGCUGAUUUUGGUUUAUUAUAUCUGAUUAAAACAAUAUUAAAAAUACUUAUUUUUCUGUAUGGAUAUUAAUUAGAUGGUGCCAAAUAAUUGAGCCCAAUAGUAACUGCAAGCAGCAGUUUGUCAUAAAGAAUUUUAAUUAGAAAUUGUUGUCAAUGAAUGUAAAGAAAUCAAUUACUACGUACAUAAAUUGUCGUAAUUAUACGUGUAAUAAAGUAAUUACUGAAAAA